CGUAUGCUCGCAGGCUGCGAGGAUUAGAGAUGGAGACAUGGUCGCAGCUGCUGGUUAUGAAAUAAGAGAUGGUAAGUCUGUGUGACCAAUUCUAAGUUUGUCCACUUUUUCCUGCUCGUAACAGGCUCUCGGACAGAGGAUGACAGCAUUCCGGUUUCGCGAUUGUGGAGCGAAGCUUGAAAAAUGCCGGAUGCUGGAUUCAUGGCUUUCCAUUCCAGUGUCUGGAUCAUCCGCCUUCCAGCCGUUUUCGUGUCAAAGUCUGCGGGCUGGGAGGAUGUAGCAGUGGCUUCCAAUCUGUUUGGAAUACUCGAGCAGUGUCUCGCCAUUGAAAACACGGCCCGGUCAGUCAUGGCCGUGUCGUUCAUCUCAUCACCGCAGUUCUCACCACUUUCCUGUUUAUCCGGAGAUACAGACGUCCCAUUUGCGCAGCGACUCCAUCACCGCCGAUUCCCGGGGCUCGUUCUUCUUGCUGCCGCUACGCCGCUUCUUCUUGCGCGCCCCCGCCCGGAGCCGCUGUUUCUCCUCCUCGUCCACGUAGAAUCGGAGCCACCGCAUCGUGCCGCGUUCUCUGCAGGGUAGCUCCUCUCUCUCGCAAUUGGAACCUGGAGUUUUUGGUCAAGCUAUUGC